AUGAAGUGCUCCACUUCUACAACCACUACAGACAAAAACAAGAUCGGCGCCACCAAUCAGCAGGGACUGAAAUACACCGAUGUCCAAAGAAUGUUGUCUGAAAUGAAAAAAGAGAAGGAGUCAGCUGAGAAAGAGGCUCAAAAAUGCAAGACGGAUCAAGACUUGGCAUUUUACGAAAUAGUAAAAACCAAGUUGGAGACCAAGAAGAUGGCCGCUGAAAUCGAGGAACUCCAACGAAGAAAGGAGGAAACGAAUCACUUUAUCAACAUUUUGAUGGAUUCUGUCAGAAUGAAUCGAGUGAAGACAGAAGAUUCGGACACGAGCAUUCAAGGGAAUCGCGACUGUGAGUUGUUUUUGAACUUCUCAACAUCUCCCACGAACAACAUGGAAUUCCUUCGAUAUCUGCCUGAAGAAAUAUCCAAAAUUCGAUUGGACCUGGAAAACUCAAAACGAAUUGAGCAAGAAGUCUCAAUGAGAAACAACGCGUUGAGUGAUUUCUUGGAGAACACAAAAGUUCAGACAAUGGAGAACAAAAGUCGCCUUUUCAAGACUAUCGAAAACCUUCAAAAAGAGCUUCGCACUGAGAAAACUUCUAAGAACGAAAGUGAAGAUGCCAGAAGGAAUCAACUGGAAAUUAUUCAAUUGCUCCAGAAUUCACUGGUAAUGAAGGAUCAGCAGAUUGCUCAGAUGAUUGAAGACAUGAAGCUGACAAACAUGAGAAACACUAUUUUGGAAGGACUAACCAAACAACAUGAAGGGAUCAUUGCGGAGAUCUCAUUGGAUAAUCGGAGACUCAAACAUGAACUAAAUAAUGAGACGGUCGCUCGCAGAAGGGAGAAUGUAGAGCACAAACGGGAGGUGACCUCGCUUCAAAAGAAGUUCACUUCUCUGCAGAGAUCUGCGACCAGAAAGUUGGGAGAUCUGAAGGAAGAAAACGAGAGUCUGGUUGAGAAGAACAAGACAGCAGCUUUCAUACAGAAAGUUCAAACCACUUCUGGCGAUCGAGCCCCACGAAAACGCUUUCAGAUCAUGAGCGACUCCUCAUUGAAUCGUCAGGUCAGAACGAGCGAGACGGAGAAAGAAAAGGGAAAUCUGGACAUGCUGAAAGUGAAGAUCGAAGAGGAGGACGAAACAUAUUCAUGCUUCGACACUGCUUUCGUCACUCGGAGAUCUUCACCCAAAAGAAGACGUCUCCAGUCUUCUCCAGCCGUCUCUCCGAAGAAGAGGAAGGUCUGA